AUGGAUCUGAAGAAACCCCUUAAGAAGGGAACAAUGGUGAAGUUUAAAGAAAAGAACCUGAGAGUCCACUUCAAAUAUGAGAGAUUACCUACCUUCUAUUUUGUGUGUGGUCGCGUUGGGCAUCAGUUGAAGGAUUGUGAGACUUUAGAAGAUCCGAAUGAAGAAGGAUUCAAAAAAAUUAAAGAACAAGAGAUUUCGUUUGGUCAAUGGCUGCGAGCCUCACCUCUUCCAAAGAUUGUUGAAGACCAUAAGAAGAUGGAGACUAGCUCUGAAAAUUGCAGUAAAAAUCUGUUUAAUGCUUCGUCUAGGCAAAGCAGGUUUGAAUCAAAAGGAAAUGAGAGAGCUGAAGAACCAGAAGUUCAACAACAAAAGCAAAGUGAAGGUUCAAAGGAAGUAUCAAGAGGAUCGAAGUUAGCAGAGAAAGGGGGAACACUCGACAUUGAAAAGGUGGCAGAGUCAUUUGGAGCAGUGGCGUUAACAACAGAGAUGGUGGGAAGAAAUACAGGCGUCGCUAGGAAGAAAUGGACUAGAAAGAGAGGCAAUCAGAAGAAGGUGGGGCCAGCCAACAAAGGAGGAGAGAGAGGUUUAAAAGGGGCUAAAAUACAGUUGAUAGAUGUAAUGGUUAUUGAAGGUUCCAUUGAUGAUUGCAGAAAUGGGGAAAAGAAGCGGAAACAAAGUAUGGCAGAGGAAGAUACAAACAAAUUGGGACCAGUGGUGGUGUUAGACACCCAACACCGCCUACAACAAUGA